GACACCCAGCGGACAGAGGAUGUAACUCCCAGCGGCGCCUUCUGGCAAUGAUGGAGAAGUGUCCAUAGCGGAGAUCACAUUCCAGAAAUCACCCGGGGGAGGGGCCUAGCUUCCGCUCCGGUCAUGUGACAUGGGCGUGUUUAUUAACACACCAUCCGUUCUAGAGGAGGAAGAGCCCGCCCAUCAACGUCUCCACUUCCGGUCUACGACAAGAUGGCGGCAGAAAACUGACGGGAAGAGGAAUGGAGGAGAAGAACGGCCGGUUCGGGGUUUUCCCGGGCGGAAUGGCAGACCUCUUCGGACCACUGACCACCCCAAUUUCUGCCGUGGACUUCAGGGACAAAAUAAAGAUCACAAUAAAAAGCAACGCAGGCGUCAAAUGCCUAAAAGUAUCCAAACCAUGUGAUGUCCUGGCCAUUUCCCAUACCACAGAGCCAGCCGGAGGAAGGAAAGACCCCAAACCAUGUGACAUCCUGGCCAUUUCCCAUACCACAGAGCCAGCCGGAGGAAGGAAAGACCCCAAAUCAUGCGACGUCCUGGCCAUUUCCCAUACCACAGAGCCAGCUGGAGACAGGAAAGACCCCAAAUCAUGUGACAUCCUGGCCAUUUCCCAUACCACAGACCCAGCUGGAGGAAGGAAAGACCCCAAAUCAUGCGACGUCCUGGCCAUUUCCCAUACCACAGAGCCAGCUGGAGGCAGGAAAGACCCCAAAUCAUGUGACAUCCUGGCCAUUUCCCAUACCACAGACCCAGCUGGAGGAAGGAAAGACCCCAAAUCAUGCGACGUCCUGGCCAUUUCCCAUACCACAGAGCCAGCUGGAGGCAGGAAAGACCCCAAAUCAUGUGACAUCCUGGCCAUUUCCCAUACCACAGACCCAGCUGGAGGAAGGAAAGACCCCAAAUCAUGCGACGUCCUGGCCAUUUCCCAUACCACAGAGCCAGCUGGAGGCAGAAAGGACCCCAAAUCAUGUGACAUCCUGGCCAUUUCCCAUACCACAGAGCCAGCCGGAGGAAGGAAAGACCCCAAAUCAUGCGACGUCCUGAAGACCUCACUGCCCAUCCCACCGGCAGGCUUUAUGGUAGAAUCUCAGCUGUAUCUGAAGAUAUCCCCAUCCAGCUGGUCUGAAGGACAAGGAAGUGAUAAGACAGAGGAGCGGAAUCCUGCUAAUAUGAAGGGAGAAGGCCUUUCAUGUAGAGGAGGGAGGUGUUCCUCCACACAUAAUAAGCUAUGUGCAGCUGGUGGCGGGUCCCACCACAUCAACACUCAUCAUAACGAGGAAUCGGGGAAAGGGGCAGAAAAGACACAAAGUAACUACCGAGAAGGAAGUCUCCAGACUCGUCAUAAUAAAGAAGAACCCCUCUCAGAAGAAGAGGGACCUUCGGAUCUCAUGUCUCGGAGUAUUAAGAAGGAACCCGUUUCCGAUGUAGAAGAUAAUCUGGCUGACAAAGACAAAUCUUCCUUUAUUAAAGAGGAGCCGUUCUCCGAUAAAGAAGAUCCCAACAACAUGGACGAGGCACAGAUUAUCCCAAUUAAGAUAAAAGAGGAGCCCACAUCUAGCGAGGAGGAAUCGCAUGUAGAGGAAGAAUCCUCCUCACACCAAGCUGGAGGUUCCUCGACCAGCAGCAGAGGAACACAAACCACGUGGCCAUGGGCCAGGAUCCUGCCACGUACCUUACCCCUAGUGAUCCGUAACCCACAGCUAACAGAGAGGAGGAUGGCCCUGCCUAAGGAAACCAAGACUGGCCUACUAAAGAAACUGCUGGAUCUCGGCACACCGGCGAAUGACGACGCUCAGGAAAUGCGAACUUUGACCUGCACGCCGGUGAAAAUGUACAAAUGCUCCAAGUGUGGCCGCUAUUUCACCAGCAGACCGCGUCUCAAGAGACAUUGCCUGGCUCACAAGAAGUACAAAGUGGCCUGUCCGGACUGCGGUCGGCUCUUUGCGUGUAAAGCAACCGUCCUCCGACAUCAGGUGGUUCACUCCAACCAAAAGCCAUUCCCUUGUUCCUUCUGUGAAAAGAGCUUUUCCACCGACAAAGGCCGCGAGAUCCACGAACGGCGGCACACCGGCGAUAAACCAUUCAUAUGUUCUGAAUGCGGGAAAAACUUUUUAUUCAAGGCGCAGCUGGAGACCCACCAAAUGAUCCACACCGGGGAGCGAUAUUCGUGCCACGAGUGCGGCAGAUGUUACCGGACCAAACCUGGCCUGGUCCUACACAUGAGGAUCCACCAAGGAGACGUCCCUUACUUCUGUCCCGAGUGCGGGAAGGGCUUUGUCCAGAAGAGCAACCUGAAGAACCAUCUACACACCCACAGCAAGGAGAAGCCCUUCACCUGCCUAGAAUGUGGCAAAGCUUUCCGCCAAAAGUACAACCUCAAGCAGCACAUGAGCGUCCACGCCCCCAAGGAGCGCGAGAAAUAUUCCUGUCCCGAGUGCGGGAAAAGCUAUAAGCGUAAAGCAGAUUACAGGUGGCACAUGCUGAUCCACCUGGGAGAAAAGUCACCAAAUGUCACCAAAAUUGGACCGUCUGGACUUUGACCCAAAAAAGCCGGACAUUUUCCUUCAACACUUUAAUAUCUCGCACACAAAACCCAAUGAUAUUCCCAAUAAAUUGACUUUGUACCUUU